AAAGCGAGAACAUGGGCCGACAGACAUGGGCCGUUCUUUGGCGGACACUGUUUGUUCAGUGCAUCAAGCGGCACUACAUUGAGUCCGUGCUUGAGGUGCUGUUUGUACUGCUACUUGCAAUCGCGUUCCUGUCGUCCAACUUCGCCACCAGGCCGACCCCCGAGCAUCGCGGUAGGACUGACCAUGACGACGGAGACUCCUUGAUGGCGGCCCCAGUGCUUUACAGCCCGGAUAGCCCUUACGUCGGCCACCUCAUCGCUCUUGCAUUUCCCGGCAAAAGGCGGCAGGCGUUCGAGAACGAGUCUGCGCUCGUCGGUGCCUGCGAGUCGGUCGAGUUUGACGCGUGCGUCCACUUCCGCGGCUACUCGGACGCCAACGAGACGUCCGUGUUGAGUUACGCACUGCACUACUUCGAGGACGAGAACCCAGGCAAGGUGGGCUUCCACAUUGGCUUCCGACAACCCAAGGAGUUCCACUACGAGCAGGACACGGACAAGCCUCUGUGGGGUAGGGCGUACUUGGCUCAAGUCGCCAUCAACACAGUCCACAUCACACUUCAAGAUAAAUACGGCCGAGGAGAAAACAACAUUACGGCGAAAGCAUUCCCAAAGCCCGACUUUCCGGAGGACAUUGAGCCUUACAGGCGUGGUGUAUUCUGGCUCGUGGCCAUUGUCUUCCUGUACCCCAUGUGGCGGCUCGUGGCCAGACUGUGCACGGAGAACGCGCAAGGACUGCGGGAAUACGAGCGUCUGAUGGGUCUGCCCGACUGUUUCUACUGGACGGGUCAGUUCGUGUGCACCCUGUGCUUCUGCCUGGGUCACAGCGCCAUCUGCGUGUACUGUGCUGCCUUCCAGAAGCAAGCCAAGGCAGGCGUCCCCUUCUUUGACCGCACCGACGUGACGCUCCUGUUCGCAGUUUUUGCUGUGCACAGCGUCCUGCAGACUCUGCUCACUAUGCUGGUCACGUGCAUCUUCACAUCUGAAAUGGGAGCCCUGCUGUGCGUCGCGACCCUCUGCGUGCUGGCGCCGUACUGGCUCCUGACGCAAACCGGCGGCCUGGGCUCGCUGGGCGAGUUCGUGUUUAGGGAGCGCACGGCGACCCUCUGCUACUCUGCGCUGCUGCCUACGGUCGCCUCCUACAACCUGCUCACCAUCAUCGGCGUCCACAACGACUUCGAUGGUGGCGCCACCUGGGCGAAAGUGCCCGAUCUCGCGCUGGGAGUGUUGAGGGUCACCAUGCUGGACGUCUGGACAGUGAGCCUGGCGUCGGCCGCUGUGAUGGUCCUGAUGAUCUUCUACCUCUCCAAGGUCUUGCCCUGGAACACAGCAAUCCCACUGCACCCGCUGUUCUUGUUCAACCCUCACUACUGGUGGCCCUCGCCUACACUGCGCGAACCGCCAACUGUUCCGCUCGCCUUCAGAGACAAACGCUUCGAACCUGCUCCGCGCCAUAUGAAGCCCGUGCUGCAUGUGGAAGACUUGACGGUGUCUUACGGCGGCGCUGAAGCACUCAAACGCAUCACCCUGCAAGCCUUCGAGCAGCAAACUACCGUUCUGGUUGGCCGCAAUGGUGCCGGCAAAACGACCCUCAUGAAUGUUUUGGCUGGGCUGCAGAAGCCCAGCUCGGGCAAGGUGUACAUCUGUGGUUAUGACGUGACGAAGCACACCAGCCUGGCCCGCCAUGCGAUCACCUACUGCCCACAGCGGGACAUGAUUUUUCCAGACCUAACCGUUUGGGAGCAUCUGCUCUACAUCGCAGCUGUGAAGCAGGUACCGCUGAAAUCCCUCAAACGUGCUGCCGAACAGACUUUGAUUUUGGUGAACCUGGAAGAAGACGCACAAGUUCUUUCCCAAGAACUCAGAAGAGGCGAGAUGAAGCGGCUCAGCAUCGGCAUGGCAAUUAUCGCCAAGCCCAAGGUCGUGCUCAUCGACGAGCCCACGUCCGGCCUGGACUCCACGAACACGCACAACGUGUGGGACAUCCUGCUGCAGGUGCGCCGUGCCAGCACGCUGUUCCUUUCCACGCACGACAUGACGGAGGCCGAUGUGCUCGCUGACCGCGUCGUCGGGCUCACUGCGGGUAUCGUCGUCUGCAACGCCUCGCCCAAUUAUCUGAAGAAUGCUUACGGCGUAGGCUACAAGAUCCGCCUGGUCAAGAGUCCCUCGGUGCCCUUCCAGAGGAAGCAAGUGCUGUCCAUCGUGCAGAAGUACGUGCCCGGAGCUGAGGUGUUGAGCGACGCGCCGGCCCAGGCCACGAUCGCGCUGCACACAGUCGCGUCUGAGAGCUUCGACCGAAUGUUCCGAGAGCUGGAGAAGGCCAGUGCCCACCUGGGAGUUCGCUCGGUCGGUCUCGGCGUCUCCACUCUCAAGGACAUCUACCUCAAGCUGACGCUAGCCAGCCUGCGCCUUGUCAAGAGCCCUAUGUCGACGGAACCGCAACUGCCCGCUGAAGUGGCAAACGUGGCGAGCAUCCGUGGCGAGAAGGCGAGUGCAUGGGUGACCGCCGGUGUGCUGAUGUCGCAACGCUGCCUGUUUCUGUGGCGUCGCUGGCGAAACUCCUUGAUCGGCUGGCUGCUGCCCGUGCUGCUGCUGGUGGCUGCCUUCCACUGGACGAGUGCGGGCGUCCGCCGCUACGAGCCAGCUCCAGCAGGCGUCGUCCGCAUGCCGCUUUCACUGCGCGUCUUUUACCCGCGUGCCGCUUGCUUCGUCGACGCCGAAAAAGACAUCAGCCCCUACUACCACUUGCUGAUAAAGGAGGAAGGAGCCGUUCUCACUGCCUACAAUGGAACAGCACUCAGUGCGCUGCUGUCAUACGCCGAGCAGAGCUACUUCGAGUACACGCAGCACUUCGUCCUUGGCGCCGUCCUGCGGGGCCACCACUUAGAGGCCUGGUACAACCCGUACGCCAUCCUCAGCAAGUGCUUGGCCUACGACCUCGCAAGCAGUGCCCUGCUCGCCUUCCGAACAGGCGACCGCUCUGCUCGCUUCCAGACAACGGUGGCCGUGCACGUUCCCGAGGCUUCGUCAGAGGAGCCUCGCUCGGUGGUCGGACCCGAAGACCCCCUCGGGCAUCUUCACGAGCUGGUGCACGAUGUGGCGCACGAGUGGGCGCUGUUGGUGCCGCUGGCGGUGGCAUUGGCCGUGGCCGCAUUCGUGCCGUUCGCCAGCGCGGAGAGCUGCAGUGGCUUCAUGCAGCUGCAGCUUAUGACUGGCAUCUCCGGCUGGCUGCACUGCCUAGUUCACGUGUGCUUUGACGCAGCCACCAUGCUCACUUGGCUAGCCGCGCCGAUCAUCGUGGCGUUCCGCUCCUACUAUCCCCUCGACACAGCCUCGAACGAUGCCUUACUCGUGGUGUGCGCGGGUUUCGGUGCUCUGGCCAUUCUGUCGGCGUACUCGAUCGUCCUUGGCUCCAGGAGCACAGGAAGUGCCUACGUCACCGUUCUCGUCAUUUACGGUGUUGGGGGUGCCGCCCUGCUGGAGGCCUGCGUGUACCUCCUGCAGAGCGGCCAGGACCUGCACGUGGUGUGUGCCUCACUGCCCCCUUGCGCAGUGCCUCUGGCGGUGAUCAAGGUGAUCGUCCUCGAGUGGGUACACCACACUUGUGAUUACAUGGACUCCCUGCCAGUCGAGAACUCGACGGUACUGGACACUUUCUGCAAGGACACCGAUGACUUCCUGGGCACAUACCAGGCCGACCGAUAUGCCGGCCUUCUAAAGGCACCCAUCGAUCUGUGCUGCCAAGAAAGGCGAACGGGGCAACCCGCGGACUGGAGCCCGUUUCUGAUGACAUCGCAGGCUGUCGGCCUAGAGGCGUACUUGCUUAUAUUCGAGGCUCUGCUGCUGUUCGUGUUUCUGAGCUGCUACAACUCCGGUCGCUUCUUCUACACUGACUACGUGGGACAGGUGGCCGAGCAGAGACCGCUCGACACAGAAGUUACCAAGGAAACGCAUAAGGUACGCCAGGUGUGCGAGAGGAACGCAGCGGCAGAGCACGCCCUUGUGGUCGAAGAUGUGCACAAGUGGUACGAGGACGACUACACAGUGUGCAGCCUCAGCCUGACGCUUUCCCGGGACGAGUGCUUCGGCCUUCUGGGAGUGCAUGGUUGCGGCAAGACGGCCGUGGCGAAGAUGCUCGCGGGCCUAGCACUCCCGAGCCUGGGAGAAUGUUACAUGGGGCACGUGACUCUCUCCGGGUCACCCAGAGUCUGGCAGUCCCGGCUGGGAUACUGCCCCCAGGAAGACGCGCUCAUGGACAUCUUCUCGGGAAACGAGAUCCUGCACUUCUUUGCUAGGCUUCGGGGUGUGGAUGAAGCGAAGGUAGACAAGCUCGUCGACAGCGUCGCCAGCGUCAUCGACCUCGGCAAGCACGCCUCCCAGCUUUGCGAGACAUACAGUGCCGGCACCAGACGCAAGCUGUCCACGGCUGUGGCGAUCAUCGGUGCUCCGCAGGUAGUCAUCCUGGACGACGCCACCAGCGGGGUCGACAUGGUUGGGCGUCAGAUGAUCUACGACGCUCUGCGAGACAUCGCCCACGCGUCGUCGUCUGCCAUCAUCCUCACUUCGCGCAGUACCGAGGAGUGCGAGGCGGCCUGCAGCCGCGUGGGCUUCAUGGCGUGCGGCGAGUUGAAGGCGCUCGGCACCAUGGAGCGGAUAAGGGCCACGUUUGCCAAAGGGUGCACGCUCACGUUCGCGCUACGUGAGAGAAUCACCCAAUACCUGGUCGAGAGUGUCGACAAAGCCGUCGUGCACGUGUUCCCGGGAGCGAGGCAGGCUGACUGCCGCGAGGGCAUCUUUUUGUACUUCAUAGAGUACAGGCUCCCUUGGAGCCACGUGUUUUCGCGCAUCGGCAAGCUGCGCCACUGGUUCCGACUGGAAUCCGUGCUCGUAGCCGAGAGUUCGCUGGACGAGCUGUUCUUAGGCAUGGCCCGAGCCGAAAUGGCAGAGGACGCAGCCAUGGCCAAGCAGGCGGCGAAGGACGCCUCUUACGGAGACUUUGCUGGUGACCCGUGGGGCCGCGAGCCCAAGGAGCAUUACAGACCUCGACAGAGGGUCCGCGAAGCACGCAAGGCGAAGCAACGCACCGCCCUCAAGGCGACGACCACCUACCAGACCGUCUCUUGAGGGCGUCGUCCACUCGCGCAGCCAUCUGGUGGAAAUUUAUCUUUUAUUUUUCAUGUAGAUUUCUUUUUUUGCUAUUUAGACACUUCCCUUCUUGGUUUU